UGUUACGACCAAUAAAUCGUUUAGUAGAGCUGAAAACUUAAUUUUAAAAAAAUGAAGCUAUUUUGUUGAUGUUAAAACAAUUUUAUUUUUUUGGGAAGUUGAGCAUAAGUGUUUGUUGUUAAAAUAUAUUUUUUGAUGUUAUUCUUUUUUUCCCUUAAAUUUCAUUUAAAGUAUGCCGUCAACAUCAGUAGAUGAAGCAUUUGUAGGAGCUGGAGAAGUACCUGGAUUAGAAAUCUGGAGAAUCGAGAAAUUAAAAGUUGUAAAACAAGAUCCUAAGUUAAAUGGAAAGUUUUACAAUGGAGAUUCAUACAUAUGUUUAAACACUCGUAAAGUUAGAGAUAAAUUAGAAUGGGAUAUUCACUUUUGGCUUGGAUCUGAAACGACACAAGAUGAAUCUGGAGUUGCUGCUUACAAGACAGUUGAAUUAGAUGAUUACUUAGGUGGUGAUCCUGUUCAGUAUAGAGAGGUUCAAAGACAUGAAUCAAAAAAGUUUCUUGACAUUUUCCCAAACGGAAUAGAAUACCUUGAAGGAGGUAUUGAGAGUGGUUUUACUAAAGUUGAUCGUGAUAGUUAUACCAAGCGCUUACUUCAUGUAAAAGGAAAAAGAAAUGUUAGAAUCGAGCAGGUUGAAGUCACCUACAAAUCUCUAAAUCAUGGAGAUGUAUUUAUACUUGACGAUGGAAUGACAAUAUAUUGUUGGAAUGGUAAAGAUUCGAGCAAAAGAGAAAGAAUUAAGGCAGCUGAAAUUGCUAGAAAGAUACGAGAUGAGGAACGUGGGGGUAAAGGCCAAGUAAUAUUAAUUGAUUCAGGAAAAGACAACGACAAACGCUUUUUUGAAGCUCUGGGUGAUAAAGGUCUGAUAAAGUCUGCUGAAGAAGGUGGUGAUGAUUCAGAAUUUGAAAAGAAUGGUAUCAGAGAGAUAGUAUUGUAUAGAGUAACAGAUUCUAGUGGAGAAUUAAAAAUUGAGGAAGCCUCUAGACCACCGUUAAAAAAAGAAGAUCUUGAUUCUAAUGAUUGUUUUAUUCUUGAUGCUGGCCAAUCUGGUGUGUUUAGCUGGAUCGGAAAAAAAUGUACACAGAACGAAAAGAAAGCUGCAAUGAAUAAUGCUAUGAAAUUCAUAAAAGAAAAAGGUUAUCCUGAAUACACAAAAUUGACACGUGUAGUUGAAGGCGGUGAAAACCCUGUCUUUAAACAGUUUUUUGUUUCUUGGGAAUCAGAUUGUGAUCAAAAAGGUUUAGGAGUGCUUAAUAAGAGUAAUAUUGCAUCAUACAAUACUGAAGCAUUUGAAAUAAAUAAGCUUCACUUGAAUAAAGAUCACCAAAAAAAAAAUGUUAUGUUUGACGAUGGAACUGGCAAGAUUAGAGUAUGGCGCAUCAACAAUUUUAGAAAAAUUGAUGUUCCUGAGAAUGAAUAUGGAAUAUUUUAUGAAGGAGAUUGCUAUAUUGUUUUUUAUUCUUACAAAGAAAAGAUGAGUGAUAAAUAUGUAAUUUAUUUCUGGCAGGGCUUAAAAAGCACACCUGAUGAGAAAGGUGCAUCAGCCAUCAUGGCACAACAACUUGAUGAUCAGUAUGAUGGAAAACCUGUCCAAGUACGAGUUGUACAAGGAAAGGAACCUGAUCACUUUCUUUUAUUAUUUCAUCAUAAAAUGAUUAUCAUGAAGGGUGGAUUUCAAAGUGGUUUUAAUAGGCGUACCAAACGAGCAAAUAGUUAUUCUGAAACUAAAGCUAAACCUGGUGUUAAGCUUUUUCAAAUUCGUGGUACUACUAAUUUGAAUACUCGAGCCAUUGAAGUUAAUGCUCGAGCUGCAUCUUUAAAUUCCAAUGAUGUUUUUCUAAUGAAAACAUUAGGAAAUGCUUACAUAUGGGAGGGACAGGGCGCUAAUGAAGAUGAAAAGGCAUUUGCAGAAAUCGUUGCUGAUUAUGCUGCACCUGAUGGUGACUUAAUCAUAAUGCGAGAAGGAAAAGAAACAAAUGAGUUUUGGGAUUUAUUAGGUGGCAAAGAAGAGUAUGCUUCAAUGUCUCGGCUUACUGAAAAAAAACCUACUAUACCACCACGUUUAUUUCAAUGUUCAAAUGCAACUGGAAGAUUUUGGGUGGAGGAAAUCUUUGAUUUCGAUCAAGACGACUUGUGUGAAGAUGAUGUAAUGUUAUUGGAUACAUAUGAUGAGGUAUUUGUGUGGAUAGGUGAAGGAGCAAAUUUCAUUGAAAAAAAAAAUGCAUUGGACGGUGCAUUAGAAUACAUUAAAAGUGACAAAAGUGGACGCACAAUAGAAAAUACAAAUAUCUUGCGUGUAAAACAAGGUUGUGAACCUUUGAACUUUACAGGAUAUUUUUUUGCUUGGGAUCCUGAAAAAUGGAGUAAAGGUAUGAGCUAUGAAGAACUUAAGAGUCAGCUUGGUGAAGAAAAUGUUAAAGUGACAUCUGUUUCAGAGGAAAUACAAAUGUUCAGCAAAAUUUAUCCAUAUUCGAAAUUAUCUAAUAGUGAUUUAAUACUAGAUGGAGUUGAUCCCACUAAUAAAGAGAAACAUUUGUCAGACGAUGAAUUUGAGCUUUACUUUGGGAUGACCAAAGAAAAAUAUUCAAGUUUACCGAAAUGGAAGAAAGAAAUAUUAAAAAAGAAGUUGAGAUUGUUUUAGGCAUUGUUUUAACUUCGCAAAAUUACUAAAACAAAUAUUGUAUAAAAGUUUUAUAAAAAUAUAUAUUUUAAUGGUUUAUAAAAUAAAUAUAUUGUAUAUUAUAUAUGAAUGUAAAUUAUCCAAUGGUUUUUCUUAUGUUAGUAAAUAAUUUUCUAGUAA